UUUUUUUGACAUCGUUUUUGCUCUAUAGUCAAGGUCCCAAUAUUUACCAGUUUUUUUUUUGUUCGUUUUUUAUGGCGAAGUCUUAAAACGGAAAAUUUUUGGCUCAGUUUUCCCUGUGAAGCUUCAGAGAAGAACGAGAGAAAUAGAGCAGGAGAGCUGGAGAAAUAAGGUAGAAAAGAAAAAAUCUCUUCCAUAUUUUCUGCAGCAAGUUCGUCUGAACGAUUGGGGUUAUCUUUUAAGGCGAAAAGCUGCAGAAAAUGGCUCGUGGAAGAAAAUCAAAGAAGCAUCAUUUUGGUAGAAUACAUGCAUUUUCACGUGGGAAGGCAAGAGAAUCAUUUAGAGAAGAGCAUGGUAAGAUAGGAGGACCUGGUUUCUCAAGGGUGGUGUAUUGCAAUGAUCCUGGUGGCAAUAGGGCUAGUUUUGUCGAUUAUGGUGAUAAUUAUGUUAGCACUACAAAGUAUAAUCCAGUUACUUUCAUACCUCGAUCAUUGUUUGAGCAAUUCAGGAGGGUUGCAAAUUUGUAUUUUCUCGUCUGUGCAGUAUUGUCUUUUACACCACUUUCCCCUUACUCACCUGUUAGUAAUACUGUCCCUCUUGUGGUUGUCAUUGGGGUAACAAUGGCCAAAGAGCUUGUCGAAGAUUGGAAGCGAAAACAACAGGAUAUAGAGGUAAACAACAGAAAAGUAAAAGUGCAUCUUGGUGAUGGAAAAUUCGAAGACACUAAAUGGAGGGAUUUGAGAGUUGGAGAUGUAGUGAAGGUGGAAAAGGAUAAAUUUUUCCCUGCGGAUCUCCUUUUACUUUCAUCAAGUUUUGAGGAAGCAAUUUGCUAUGUUGAGACCACCAAUUUGGAUGGAGAGACUAAUUUGAAAUUGAAACAAGCGCUUGAAGUAACUUCAAGUUUACAUGAAGACUCGAGCUUCCGAAACUUCAAAGCAUCAAUCAAAUGUGAAGACCCAAAUGCAAAUUUGUAUACCUUUGUAGGUAGUCUGGAGCUUGAAGGGCAACAAUACCCUCUUUCACCUCAGCAGCUUCUACUUAGGGACUCAAAGCUACGAAACACCGAUUUUAUUUAUGGGGCCGUAAUCUUCACGGGUCAUGACACAAAGGUUAUUCAAAAUUCUACACCUCCCCCUUCCAAGAGAAGCACGAUUGAGAAACGGACGGACGGAAUUAUUUACUUCUUAUUUUGUCUCUUAGUUGUGCUAUCUACUAUUACUGCAACUGUCUUUGGUAUUAAUACUAACGAGGACCUAAAUGACGGGAAGAUGAAAAGAUGGUACCUUAGACCAGAUGAUUCCACAGUAUACUAUGAUCCAGAAAGGGCACCAGUUGCAGCAAUUUUGCAGUUUUUGACAGCCCUUAUGUUGUAUGGCAACUUCAUUCCCAUUUCCUUGUACGUUUCAAUAGAAAUUGUCAAAGUUCUUCAGAGUGUUUUCAUCAACCAAGAUAUACAUAUGUACUAUGAAGAAACUGACAAGCCAGCUCAUGCCCGUACCUCAAAUUUGAAUGAAGAACUUGGCCAGGUUGACACUAUCCUCUCUGAUAAAACAGGAACAUUAACUUGCAACUCAAUGGAAUUUAUCAAGUGUUCAAUUGCCGGGACAAAGUAUGGGCGUGGAGUUACAGAAGUCGAGAGAGCUAUGGCUAGGAGAAAAGGUUCACUGUUACCUUAUGAGGAGACAGAAGCCGGAGAUGAUGAAGAGAACAGAGAAGCAAAACCGUCAAUUAAAGGCUUUAAUUUUAAGGAUGAGAGGAUCAUGAAGGGUAAUUGGGUUAAUGAGCCUCGUGCAGAUGUAAUCCAGAAAUUUUUGCAGUUGUUGGCCAUCUGCCAAACGGCACUACCUGAAGUUGAUGAAGAAACAGGAAGAACAUCAUAUGAAGCUGAAUCACCUGAUGAGGCAGCUUUUGUAGUUGCAGCAAGAGAACUUGGGUUUGAAUUUUAUGAAAGGACUCAUUCAAGUAUCUCUGUGCGUGAGUUAGAUCUCUUCUCUGGCAGAAACAUUGAGAGAUCAUAUCAACUGUUGAAUGUAUUGGAGUUUAGCAGUGCAAGAAAGCGUAUGUCUGUGAUAGUAAGAAACGAGGAGGGAAAGAUAUUGCUGCUGAGUAAAGGAGCUGACAGUGUCAUGUUUGAAAGACUUUCAAAAUAUGGUAGUGAAUUCGUAAAUCAGACUAAGGAGCAUAUAAAUGAGUAUGCUGAUGCUGGUUUGAGGACAUUAGUUGCUGCAUACCGUGAACUCGAUGAAAGAGAAUAUGAUGAAUUUAAUAAGAAAUUCACUGAGGCCAAGAACUUGGUGAGUGCAGAUCAGGAAGAAAUGAUUGAGAAGGUGACAGAGGUGAUUGAGAGGGAAUUGAUACUUCUUGGUGCUACUGCAGUUGAAGAUAAGCUUCAAAAUGGGGUUCCAGAAUGCAUUGACAAGCUUGCCCAGGCUGGAAUUAAAAUAUGGGUUUUGACUGGAGAUAAAAUGGAGACAGCAAUCAAUAUAGGCUUCGCAUGUAGUUUGCUUAGAGAAGGAAUGAAGCAAAUAGUAAUUACUUCCGAGACUGCAGAAGCUAAAGCAUUGGAGAAAAUGGAGGAUAAAUCUGCUGCUGCCUCGGCACUUAAGAAAAGUGUCCUCCGUCAGAUAACUGAAGCAAAGGAGUUGCUUACCGCAACAGGUGAAAACUCUGAGGCAUUAGCUUUAAUCAUUGAUGGGAAGUCACUCACUUAUGCUUUAGAGGAAGAUGUUAAGAACCUGUUUUUAGAGGUUGCCAUUGGUUGUGCAUCCGUUAUAUGCUGCCGUUCAUCACCAAAACAGAAAGCACUUGUUACAAGGCUUGUUAAAAUCAGAACUGGUAAAACAACUCUAGGAAUUGGAGAUGGGGCAAAUGAUGUCGGAAUGCUUCAAGAAGCUGAUAUUGGAAUUGGAAUUAGUGGUGUCGAAGGAAUGCAGGCAGUCAUGUCAAGUGACAUUGCAAUUGCGCAAUUCCGUUAUUUGGAGCGCUUACUACUUGUCCAUGGGCAUUGGUGUUACAGAAGGAUAUCAUCAAUGAUAUGCUAUUUCUUUUACAAGAACAUUGCUUUUGCCUUCACAAUCUUCUUCUUCGAGAUAUAUACCUCCUUCUCGGGCCAAACUUUGUAUAAUGACUGGUAUUUAUCACUAUACAAUGUGUUUUUCACAUCACUUCCUGUGAUAGCCUUGGGAGUCUUUGACCAGGAUGUAUCAGCCAGAUUAUGUCUCAAGUUUCCAUUAUUAUACCAAGAAGGUGUACAAAAUGUCUUAUUUAGUUGGGUUAGAAUACUUGGAUGGGCAUUUAAUGGCGCAAUAACAGCUGUCAUGGUCUUCUUCUUCUGCACUCGGGCUAUGGAUUUUCAAGCAUUUCGUGAAGGUGGAGAACUUGCUAGCAUGGAAAUUUUUGGAGCUACCAUGUACUCAUGUGUAGUGUGGGUUGUAAACUGUCAGAUGGCACUUUCCAUAAGCUACUUCACAUUUAUACAACAUAUCUUCAUCUGGGGUAGCAUUGCAUUCUGGUAUGUAUUCCAGUUGAUAUAUGGAGCCAUAAGCCCCUCCUAUUCAACUACUGCAUAUCAGGUCUUCAUUGAAGCUUGUGCACAGGCUCCAUUUUAUUGGAUUUGCACACUGUUUGUCGUAAUUGCCUCCCUGAUACCAUAUUUUGCUUAUGCAUCCAUCCAACCGCGGUUUUUCCCCAUGUAUCAUCAGAUGAUACAUUGGAUAAGAUCAGAUGGACAAACAGAAGACCCCGAGUUCUGUAAUGUUGUGAGACAGAGAUCAAUACGACCGACAACAGUUGGAUACACUGCACGCAUUGAAGCGCAUUCCAGACGAUUUGAAAAGAAUCCUUUGGAGAAUUCAUGAUGAUUAUGCUUUCACAAAGAUACUUGCCCGAACAUAGAUGUACAUUAGCUCCAAAGCGAAUUGUUUUCUCUUUGUGCAUAUUCACUGCAGAGUUAAUUAUCCUGGUUGACAACAAAGGGAGUCCCAAAAGGUGAAGGCUCCGAGGCACAAGUUUACGCUUAUGUCCUGAGUUUCUGUAUGGAAGAUUCACUCUCUAGAAGCUCGAGAGCUAUACUUUUGAUGCUUUGGACACCUCAUAGACCAUGCUCCAAAUAAACUGGUCUGACCUUUCGAUAACUGGUUAAGAUGAAUGUUUCAUAGAAACCAUAUGAAGUUCAAUUCCAACUUUCUUGUAACAUAUGUCAGAAAAAUGCUAGGGAAAUUGUUCUUUCUAGCUCUUCCUUUCUUUACAUUUUUGAUAAAACAGAGAAGUAAAUUAUCAUUAGAUUUUGCAGCUAGGAAUUGUAUGUAACUUUCUGCAUCUUAUUAUUAUUUUUAAAAUUUUUAAAAUUUAUUUUUA